ACUAUGCAAACAUGACUUUUAAUUUCACACAGUUUUUAUCAUUAUUAAUAUUAUUAUUAACAUUAUAUUUGGUUAAUAACAAUAAUUUUGCCACAACUCUUGCCAGCAGUAGAUAUGACGAUUAUGAGUUCCUAUUAGAGAAGUGCUGCGAUGUCGGCACUAAACGGGCCAAACAAAUGCCGACCGGUGGCUGUGCGUACAGUAACACAUCGUUUGACAGACUUGUGGUCAACUCAGAGUUUCGUCGACAGUGCGAACAUGUGGUCGAGAUCUGCUGUUUCAAAGAGCACCGGAGCCGACACUGCGAUGAGGGUAAGUCAUAUGCCCGAUCAAAUGGUGACUGCAGUGGAUUGAAUACCGGACAUACCAUCAGUCCAUUGCUCAAUGAGUCGGCCAAAGAGUGUUGUCUAUCGUGCAAAUUGGGUCUAAUGGCACGUAAUGAUCGGUUCCCCUGUACAUUCAACGCUCAUGGCACUUUUGGAUUGGGAUAUCCCUAUGAGGAUGUCUACUACGAGUGCUGUCAGCAAAAUGUCGAAAACAUUAGAAGAAGUGGUGCAUCAAUUAGCAUAUGCGACACUACUGCAUCUCCCUGUGCCCAUAAUUGCUACGAUCCCGGUGCCGAUGUCGGUCCUGUAAGAUGUUCAUGUUUUAAAGGAUAUCAAUUGGCAAAUAAUGGCAGAGACUGUGUGGACAUCGAUGAAUGCGAAGAAAAGACACAUAACUGUGAUCUGAGUAAACAACAAUGUGUCAAUAAUGUGGGAGCUUUUGAGUGUAUAAACAGUACGGCCAGACAACAACAUAUACAAGAAUCACAUACCUGUCCUAAUGGUUAUAAGUGGAACAGUAAAUAUAAGCGAUGUUUAGACUUUGACGAGUGUUUCGCCAAAACCGAUGAUUGCAAUCGCGUGACACACGUGUGUAAGAACCUGUUGGGAUCAUUCACGUGCAUUAUGUUGGGAACUACGUGUCCACCGGGAUUCAAGAAAGGUCCCGGUGGAGACCGAGACUGUCAGGACAUAGACGAGUGUCUGGAAAAUAAUCAUCAAUGUCAGGAACCAUUAGAAAACUGUAUCAACUCUCAGGGCGCCUAUUAUUGCGAACAACUGCCAGAUAAUAUAGGCGACAAUGAGAUCGAAACAAUAUCGUCGACAUCAACGGUUGAUCCAACAAAAUGCCAGAACGGCUAUCGAUUCUCCAAAUUGACCUAUCAGUGUGAGGAUAUUGACGAGUGUCGUAUUGGUCAACACACGUGCAAUCUGGCCACACAUAAUUGUAUUAAUACAGAAGGUAGGUAUGAAUGCGCUCCCAUGAUGUCGGCCAACUCGGAUGGAGACAACUGUCCGGUUGGUUUCCGCCGCAAUCGGUGGUCAAAGUUGUGUGAAGACAUCAACGAAUGUGAAACAGAAUACACGCCCUGUCGUAGGGAUCAGUCGUGUCGUAAUACUAUUGGUAGUUAUGUUUGUUACUGUCAGGCCGGUUAUAUCAAAGACACGGUGACGGGUGAAUGCAAGGAUGUCAAUGAAUGCCAAUUAGGGACACAUACCUGUCAUAAUUCACUCAGAUGUGAUAAUACUAUUGGAUCGUAUCAUUGUGUGAGAGUACAAGACUGCGGCACCGGCUAUACAAUCAACGCCGAAACAGAUCUCUGUGAGGACAUCAAUGAAUGUUCGUUGGGAACAGAUAACUGCGGUCAGGACUUCCGGUGCCGAAACACCGAAGGAUCAUUCAAAUGUGAUCGUAUUCGGUGUCCAUAUAGCCAGCACCUGGCCAGCGAUGGCACGUGCAUUAGUAAUGAGUGCAGAGAUGGAAAAAUAUAUAACUAUACUUACAACCGGUGCGUCGAUAUCAACGAGUGUCUCAACUCUCCCUGUGCUAUCAAUGAAAAAUGUAUUAACACAGUUGGAAGCUACCGGUGUUCCAGCUAUUGCACGCCUGGCUAUCAACUCACCAAAUACGGUAACGCCUGUGAGGACAUUGAUGAGUGCGCUUUAGGUACACAUGAGUGCAAAGGUAUGCAAAUAUGUCGCAACAGACCGGGAAACUAUAUGUGCGAGUGUCCACUCGGGUAUAUACUUAAUCAGAACCGGGAUUGCGAAGACAUUAAUGAAUGUACCCGUUAUGGCACGACUGUAUGUUCACCAGACUCGUCCACUUGUGUCAAUACAUUGGGCUCAUACAGGUGUGAGUGUAAGCCGGGCUUCGAGAACGACGGUUCCGGUAAAUUCUGUACGGAUAUCAAUGAAUGCGACAGACAUUCACACCGCUGUUCAAAUAAAUGCUUCAAUACCUGGGGAUCAUAUCAAUGCCAGUGCGAUGCCGGCUAUAAACUGGGACCCGAUUUGAAGACAUGUGUUGACAUCGACGAGUGUGAAGAGUUUGAAAAGAAAGACAUGUCCAACAAUUUCUAUCUAUGUAUCGGUAAAUGUCAUAACACUCACGGAUCUUUCCAGUGCUCUUGUCCUUCGGGUUAUCGAUUGGGAAGUGAUGAGAGGACAUGUCAGGAUAUUAAUGAGUGCGAAGAGAACAACCAUUGCAGAGGUGAAGACGAGACGUGUUUGAACACAAAAGGAGACUAUAAAUGCAAUCGCAUUGUAUGUCCGGUUGGCUAUCAAAGGGAUGCCUCACAUAAAAGUCGGUGCAAGAAAACUCACGGAACUGCCAUUUGUACCGACACUACAUGUAUUUCUGAAGACUUGCGCCAACCAUUGGCCUAUUCGUACAACUAUUUGACGUUCACAUCCAAUAUGACAAUCCCAUCCACUGGUUAUCUCGAUCUGUUCACAAUGAAAGGCCCAGUACUGUCGGUAACAACUGUCCAGUUCGAGUUCAACAUGAAGUCGGCAGUGGUUGGCAAAUACGGUGUGCCGGCGGCCACUGAAGACAACUUUCAGUUGCGGCGGACAUCGUUUAACGAGGCAAUGGUAUCGUUGGUGAAGCCGGUCAUCGGCCCACAGGAUAUUGUGUUGGAACUGGAGGUCAAGCUAUACCACGGCGGCACUUAUGGCGGCUCAUCAAUGGCUGUACUCUAUAUAUUUGUGUCGGAAUAUACUUUCUAAACAUUAUUUCUAAACUUAUAAAUAACACAUUUUAUUCAAAUUUUACUAUUCAUAUGAUAUAUAUUUUUUAAGUGACUGUAUUUUUAUAACAAUUGACAAUAAACCUAU